UACAUUCAGCCGGCGCUCUCCUCUCUUUGCAUCUGUUUGAACUACAUAACUUCUCUCUUCACCAUGGUGAAGUCUAAACAAACCUGCAAGAAGUCCACCGGUGGCACCGCGCCACGAAUUGCCUUGUCGUUGCCGGCAUCUACUGGAGCGGUCACUGCGCCGGGUGAGCUGAAUGUGAGAGAGCCGUCUGAACACAACGAGUUUUGUCUCAUCUGCAGAGACGGUUCUGUAGGGGAAGAUUGCCUCUUCCUCUGCAGCACCUGUCCGCGGGUGAUGUGUUCAAACUGCAUGAACAUCCCGCCUGCCAGUGCACACGCGGUGCAGGCCGAUGACGUCACGUUCGUCUGCAUAUCUUGCCAUGUUGGCAUGGAACGACACGGGCGCGCAUCUCAGUCGCCCUAUUUUGGUUUUUACAGGAAGGGGCAACCGCUCCUUCCUUCAUUCCUCCAAAUUCGUGCUACGUUGGAGGUUUCACUCCAUUCCCAACUGUCUUCGGCACCCACGCUCAUGCUCCAUCUCGUCCUCGUCGACCACGACGUCACCGGCGGCUGUUUCGAACUGGCCUCCGAAUUCCUUCGGCCAUACUUCCCCAGCGGAGGGUUUGAAUUUCGGUCCAUCGUGUUCGACAUCGGCAAUGCCUCAAAGAUCGACGAGUACCGGUUGCAGGCGACUGCCAUCAUCCAGUCGCUGAUGAGCUCCAACUGGGCUCGUGUCGUCGUCGCCAUCACUAACCACACCGACAACGAGCAUGGAGAUCCAUUUAUUGGGUACGAGGGCAACAAGAAGUCAUACGUUUCGGCACGCGUUCACUCUGUUCUCGAUGUUCUGCUUUCACCUUGGCAUCCCCUGAUUCAUGGUGCCGCGGAAUCAUACUUAUGGCUGUUUUCGUGUGGCGCGCUCAUCAACAACGUCACUUCCUUUUCAGGCUUGCAACAGGCGGUCAUAGAUCAUCGCAUCACAGCCACUAUUGGCUUUAAUGCUGUUCGUUUUCAGCCGAGUUUCGCCACCCACCUUUUGCUCGCAUUCGCGGAGCUGGUCAUCAUCGAGUGUUUGCCCAUUCACAUCGUCUUCCCUGACAUGUUGGGCCAGUCCUACAAACUUGGGCGCCACACUGACGUGUUCUUGCUGAUGCCUGACAACUCAGGUUCAUUGGCCGUUACCAAGUUCGCCUGGACGCAUUUGAACUUCGCCCUGGGUGCCCACAGUGUGGGUGGAGUAACGCCUGGUGUUCUGUCAACAUGCACAAAGAUUACAUCUUUGAAUGCAAGAAUGGCCAAUGUAGGAAAAAGUAGGCUGGUACAGGCGGUAGGAGGGUGGCUAGCCGAAAUUAAUUUGAACACCCAUCCACCCUCCUACCGCCUGUACCAGCCUACCUGCAAUUUUUAUCUUGAAUCAAUUACGAUGUCUACCGACUGGUCUAUUGCCUUUAAGCCAAUUCUCGACCUUCACUCUAAGGCCAUUUUUGCUGCAGGUUCCUCAUCUGUUGGAAAGCCUGUGGUGAGGAAGAUUCGGAGGGCCAUACUAGCUGCUCAAGACGAGCAAGAGGAACCCAUUGCCUUGCCUACUUCCUUGAAAAAGGUCACAAAAUUUUAUACUGCAAUAAAAGAAUACUAUGCCAAAAGUCUCAAAGACAAGGAAGAGGCAGACGAACCACAGAAAUUAUUUAAGCAGGAGAUCGACUCAUAUGACAAGGCCCAACAACAGAGUAAAGGCUUGGAGUAUUCAAUCAAGUACCGCACUGGGAAUGCCAGGGAGUGGUUCAACAACAUGACACCUUCACAACAGCAGGAGGUCAAGUUUGCCAUGAAGAAAUGGAAUGAGGAGGGGGCACCAGAAGAAACUCAGGCAAUUUAUUCCAGUCUAACACUUUGGCUUGAGAUAUCGUAA